AUGAGGGAAUUAAUAUUUCUUGCAGGUUACCGUCUGGAUCCCGAUCAGCGAGGUACUGCCACUUCUGCUCUGGCCUCGCGCUACUUCCGAAAUCCGCCUGCACCCACACCCGAGAAGGAUCUGCCGCGACCAAAGUUGAGUCACUCAGUUGCCGGCAUGUUGCAACAGCAUCAACGUCAGCGGCUUGUUGCCAUGCCAGUUGACCCGGGCAACCAGGCGCAACAGUUGCUAUUCCAGGAUGACGAGGACCCGCUUGUAAAGCGGGUGCGGGUUUACUGA